AUGUUUAGACUUUCUCGUCCUACUUUCGAUACAGUAAAAGGCUUUUUGCAGAAUUGCCCGGAACUCGGUGUGGAGGGAAACAGAGGAAGAGAACCGAUAUCAGUGGAAAAACAACUAUACGUCACAUUAUGGUACCUGGGUGGAUCGGACAGUAUUAUAAGAAUAGCGGACAGAUUUGGAAUAGCUGAAUCCUCAGUUAUUGUGUGCAGAAAUCGAAUUAUUGACACUAUUUUGAACAAUUUCAAGUCAAAGUUUAUCAUCUGGCCACAUGCCGAAGUGCUUGAACAAACCAUUGACAAAUUUCAUCAACGAAAUGGAUUUCCGGGAAUUAUUGGGGCACUGGAAGGCACUCAUAUUUCUAUAAAAGCACCAACUGAAAAUCCUCAGUCUUACGUCAAUAGGAAAGGCUAUCAUUCCUUACAGCUACAAGCAGUCUGCGACUCUGAUAUGAAAGUGGUCAUUGAAAGAGCGUUUGAACUUUUAAAAGGCAGAUUUCGACGUUUACAUCAUCUCGAUGUACUAAGUAUUCCAACAGCAGUUAAAAUUAUCAUGUCACUUGUGUUCUGCACAAUAUCUGUCUUAUUCAAAAUGAGGAUAUUGACGACUAUAUGGAACCACUGGAAGUUAAUCAACAACCAAUACCUCAACUGGCUGUUCAGGAAAAUGAGACGGAGGGCAUUAUUAAACGCAACAUUCUUUACAGAAGACUCAGUGGACAUUAGAUAUUAUGCACAAGAAACAUUCAGUAGUUAA